UCUACUGAUAAAAGGCAUGUAAAAAGAAGAAGCAUAUAUUUAGAAAAAAUGGAAAAACCGGCAGCAGACAAUGAAGAUGAUGGAAGCGUCAGCCUCCUUGUUAUUGUAGUUGAUACUAAUCCAUCGCAACGUAUUGUGCGACAAAACCCCGACAACUUAUCACAAUGUUUGGAUGCUAUUGUGGCUUUUGGGAAUGCUCAUUUGAUGCAGAAGGCGCAAAAUAAACUGGCUGUUAUAUCGUGUCACCAUCAUGCUACGGACUUUUUGUAUCCUAUGCCCGUGAAGCAACUCGAAGUUCGACAAGUUGAUGGUCAAUACGAAGUGUUUAGUUUGGUGGAAAAAACAGUUAAACAACGCCUAAGUCACAUCAUAACAAAUGCUCCAAAAAUAACGCAGCCAACGGAAAGUCUUUUGGCUGGCAGCAUGUCCAUGGCUUUAUGUUAUAUCGCAAGGAUGCAACGCAAUGCAGCAGCUGGGGUGAAAAUUAAUUCGCGCAUAUUGGUUUUGACCGGCAGCAAUGAGUGCGCCUCUCAAUACAUGACCUAUAUGAAUGUAUUCUUUACCGCUCAAAAAUUAAGCAUUGUCAUAGAUGUUUGUGCCCUGGACAAAUCUUUAAGUUUAUUACAGCAGGGAUGUGAUAUAACGGGAGGACAAUAUCUAAAGCUAGCUCAGUUGGAUGGUCUUUUACAAUAUUUGUUAUGGGUAUUUCUACCAGAUCCCAAAACCAGACAGAUGUUGGUAUUGCCACCACCCACCAAAGUGGACUAUAGAGCAGCUUGUUUCUGUCAUAGGGAGUUGAUAGACAUAGGCUACGUGUGUUCGGUUUGUUUAUCAAUUUUCUGCAAAUUUAGUCCCAUCUGCACAACUUGUCACACGGUAUUUAAAGUCCCUGGCCCCUUGCCGCCAAAACCUAAGAAAAAGAAGAAAGUAUAGGAGAGGCUUACACACGAAAUAAAACUCACAAAUUCUCUCUA